GCAACUUGGCUGUUACGCAGUAAUACCAUAUACAAUGUUAACAUUGAAUAACUCAUACUCUGGAUCGAUGAAUAGAUUUGUUUGGUUGUCUGUAUUUCUCGAAAAACACUCAUUUAAAUGAAUGUUAAGUGAAAUUCAGCUUGCCAGACUAUAAGCCUUAACUUUACGUGAGGACUUAUGAUGUUAUCUCUUCUCACAGGCCGAAGACAAACAGAUAAAAAAUUUACGUAAAGCCUUGGACACACAUGCAUCACCUCAAGUUGUCACACUUCACAUCAGUAUACGAAGACAGGUAGAUAGAAUAAGAGUUAUAUCAAAGUAGACAAACGAGGAUGUUCAGAAGAGGGAAUUUUAAAAAUAAGCUUAGUUGAAACAUUCAGGCUUUAGAGGACAUCAAACAUUGAAUACAUCGUCAUUUUGACUGGUUUUUAGCCAUUUCACCAGUCACCCCCAAUCGCUGAUUCUCUUCAUCUCAGGGACCCCAGCCACAUAGUCUACACUUCUCUACACGGCUGAGACCAACACUCAGGAAAUUCAUGGACUGGUGUCACAUCUCAAUCUGGCCAACCUGAACCCACUUCCAACCUAAUCCAACUUCGCGUAGCAUGCACGUCGAGGUAGGCGAUGGGUUGGAAAGGGUAGUACAUGGCUGAUCCACCUCAGUGGACUGUGAUUCACAACCUCAUCAAUCGACUUGCUGGCCUAUGUUGCCUUGAACUCUUCUCCUUACUCCAACAUUGCUCACAUAGUGAUUCCACCAAACGCGUGGAAUGUUACGAAGAGACAUAUAUGAUCAAAAACUUGUGGUGACAUCAUGUGUUCUACUUUCUACGGGCAUGUCUCGCACACGUAUAACAGGACAGAACGGACUGUAGUGGGAUAUACUGGUCCCUUGAUAUAUGGUAUGAUAAUCUGGCCAAUUGGCACCGGAGGUGAGGCAAGUUGGCGAAUGCCGAAGGGGUCUUCUUUAACCGAAUUGACAUUCGUUAGCGAUGCAGCCUGCAAAAUAUGUGAGUUAUGGCUGACACAUUCCAGCAGUUCACUCGAUAUCAAUAAAUUGUUAGUAGUUGGAGCAGACCAGUUCUGGGACAUCAUGUUACAUUUGACUGGUUCUAGCUAAACGCAUGCUAGAGAUGAUGAUAUUUCUGCUGAGCGUGUUGAUGAGACUGUGUAUUUUGUCAUUAUCUUCACUGUGGAGGACAAUAUUGUCUUGCUACUUGAAGUCAAGCAGAUUAUCUUCAGGGAGUAGAUCAAUCCCUUUUAAUUCGCUGGUACAUUGGGUUAUAUCUAUUAUCAGAUCUACAGGGCAGUUAAAUAGGGACAGUGACAAUGGUGAUCCGUAUGGGACGUUCAUCCGUGUACAAUUGAAACCCAGUAAUCUACCCUGUUUAGCAAAUUAAAUAAUCUCAUAUUGAUUGGCCAACGCCAUGUUGUUUGGUCUUAUAAUAGGUCAGCGUCUACCUGAAUAGCCCGGUGAUGACUUCUCCAGCUGCGGUGUCAGAUGACGUGAGUUUGGAUCUCUUAAAUUGUAAAGGUCUUAAAGAUUACAGAUACGUCUAGCGUAUGUAUGUGCCAAGAUGCACUCAGCAUAGUCUUUUGGCUUUCUGUCAAUUAUCUUCAACCACCGGAAAAUCAAAAUAAGUGGCUAUUAUUUAGUUUCUGAAAUUUUAGGCUUUUAUUUAUGUAUGUUUCUGAUUAGAUAAAAAGGUUCAAUGCACUGAUUUAUUGUGUAGUAUUUGUACUGGUGUCAUACAACAGCAUAACUUGGACACUGUGGUAGAGUCUUAUUCCUCUAAAUUAUUGUUCUAGUGCUCAACUGGACAAGUCAGCGGAAAUCAUUGCCAACCAGAUUUCAAAGUCAACAGUUUCUAAGCUGAAAUUGGUGAUGCACCAUCAGAACAAGUAGAAAUACCAAAUGGUGAUGUGAAUCAGUGUACAUCUCUAUCAUAUGAUUCACAGUUAAAUUGUACAGAGUCUACAGAAUCUACAAAUAUGUCUAAUACUUCAAAUUAUGAUCAGUGUAUGCAAAAUGAAACACUGGAUUAUACAGCAUGUUAUGAAAUGUUUCGUAAAUUGAAAAUCAUCUUCAAUCAAACACCAGAGAUUGAAGCACAAAUAAUGAAGGAAUAUCAAAAACUUCGAGGUCUGAAAGCAGUUGAAGCAGAAACUGAACUCUUAUUACGUGCAUCACAGCUACCAACUUAUGGAAUCGAUCCUGUACCAGCUACGCCAAUGCAAAAAAUCUAUCUGCCUAUUACAACCACAACAACUGGAAACAAUGCAUCACCGACAACUGCUAAUGGUACAAGCGGAGACCAACUAUCAGUCAGUUUAAGUACUCAACCUGUCAAUCUACCAGAAGGAGCUACUUUCUAUUUGGGUAUAACUAGUACGGGUGUAGUCACUUUUGUUGGACGUCAGAGGAAUGCAGAAUACACAUGGGAUCAAAUUCAUCGUUUGGGCUGUGAUGGGAAAUUAUUCUUAGUGUACUUGAAAAGGGAUGGUGUUACGAAAUAUGUUCUGCAUUCUUUUCGGUGUAAAUCUAAAGCUGCAACAUUCGCGUUUUGGCAUUGGGCUGUUGACCGAAAAUGCUUUUUCACUCUAAAACAAGCUAGUGAAGCAAAGAAGAUUAAACCCUCUACAAAUAUAUUCAAUCGAAGUCACACGUAUCGAUUCAGUGGACGAUCUCAGCAAGAACUUCGACAAUGUGCUGUAUCUAUGGCCAACCUUCCUCAACCGUCUUUCAAUCGUGUUUCUAGUUUUCGAAAAGUCGUUGCACUCUAUCCAAAUGCAGAAUCUAAUGGUCGAGCCACAUUGCCAGGAAGACUUCGUCCGUCAAGUGAAUUCUCGGCAAAUCGUUCAGACAAGCCUAAAACCCUAGAUGAAGUUAGUACAUUAAUGGCGGCAUUCACAGAUAUGCAAGAAAAACGUAUUCCUGACACUGUAAUCGAACAACCAUAUGAAGAAGAUCAAAUCAACAGUUGUAAAGCAUCACCCGAUAGUAAAAGUAAAAAGACAAGUCAAGCAGACGUUGAACAGAACCUUAUAACUCAGGCUGCUGUCGAAUCAUGGGUCGAACCAACAAAGAUUUCUCAACAGAUGGUCACAACAGAGAAAACAGAUGUUCAAUCAGUGGGUUCUGACAAACAUUCGGAGUCGGAAAUGAUAGUACGUAAACGUGUUGAAAAUUCAAUUCUACAAUCAGCUGAUUAUACACAAGCAGUUAAUGCAUUAGACAAAGCAUUAGAUAAUCAUAUCAAGUUAUCUCAACCGAAUGAAGUGAUAAAAUAUAAAAUUGAAACAUAUAUGAAUACAUUAAAUGAUGAAGUUAUUCAUUUAUCAGAUGACUAUAAAAUUUAUUCUAAUGGACCAUCUAAAAGUAUUAAAUCAACUACUAAUAGUGAAUGUUCAUCACCUAGUAUUCAUAGUUAUAAACUUCAAAAUGAUCAUCAACAAUACUCUAUUAAUCAACAGUCAAGUUUAAUAAGAAAGUGUACUGUUGCUUUAAUGGCAACAUCAUUUUUUGUACUAGUUGGAAUAAUUGUUAUAUUAGAAACUACACCAGCUACAUCUAAUCAAUAUACUGAAAAUUAUUUGUAUAAUACUUUCCGAUAUAAUUCAUUGGUUAGCAGCUUUCAGGAGUAUAUCUAUACACCAUUAAGAAAAAGUAUAACUGAUGGAUUUAGUACCAUGAUCUCUUAUAUAAAUCCAUAAAUUUAUUGACAUUAGACUAUUGACACCAACAUCAUUAUCAACUCUUUAUAUCUAUUCCAUUUCAUUGAAUUUUUUUUUUUUUAAGUUGAUCAGUAUAACUUAUGUCUUACUUUAUUUAUUUCUUCUUUUGUGUUCAUUCUUUUUUUUCUUUUGAUAAAAUUAAUAGUCAAUUUGUAUCAUUUAUUUGUUCGCAUUACAGAACAUCUCGUUUGCCAUUCCAUACACUCGUGUUAUGUUUGCUUUUUGUACGUUUCACUUCUUCAUACCGACUAUUAUUCACUGUCAUAAAGAAGUUAAUCUGUCUAUGAAUCUGGUUUUCCUUUGUUAUUGUCUUGUCUAUUCUCCUUUUUCCAUUCACUUGCUAUCUGUAUUUCGUUAUCAUCCUUUAUAUAUACACUGCUAUAUGGGAUAUACAUAUAUAUGUUUACUGCGCGUAAAUAUACCGCAGAAUGUGUGAAAGACAAUAUUUGGUUCAUCUUUCCCUUGAAUCCACUUUUCUACUGAAUAUUUCUUAUCAGCUUGAUUUACAUAAGUAAUACAUAAUAUAUUAAAAGAAUUCGCUGAAUACUUACUUGUUCAUACAACCUGUGCUUAGAUGCUUAAUAAUAUCCUUUUCACAGAUUUUCACCAUUCCUUUCGGGUGAUUGCUUUUGCACAGUUGUACAUCAACUAGAUGGUUCCUUUAAUUCAUGGAUGAAAUGAUACUAUUCAAUUGGUACAAAUAUAAACUAUGCAUACAUUAUGUUUAAUAUUGUUUAACAAACAUUCCUUUUCAUUGGUGUUCACUCACAGUGAUAAUGAUAAUAAGAUUAUUGACACUGUUUUGAUAUUUCAGUGUCGUAAAAAUCAACAAUAUGAUGAUAUGCAACUACUUCUAACUAACUGUUCACCUCAUUGUGUCUAUUUUGGUAGCCAUAAUUGUCUACUCCUCCCUCCUUUUAUUUUGUCAUUUUUGUCUGCCUACUUAAUAGAUUAACAGUAGUCUUUGUGAUAUGUCAAAAUUAACUGUAAUAUUCUUGUUUUAAAAAGUAUUUUGGCCUAACAUAAUAUUCAUUCAUUGGAAACGAAAAGUUGUAGAAAAACUUGCAGUAUGAAUUUCAGCGUGUUUUUUCAAAAGGUUCUGCUGUUGAUAUAUGACGGUGAAUCUAUUUGACUAUAUUCCAGUCCUCAAUGUUGAUGCAAUUUUGAUAGACGUGAUUUAAUUUCACUUAAGUAUUAUUAGAUUUUCACAUACUCAUCUGUUGUAUGAAGUGCAGAUGUGCACACUUAAACAGAUAAUUUCUUCGAAUUUUCUUCAGCUGUUUAUGACUUACACUUUUAAAAACUUGUGAUAUAUGUAUACGUGUGCAUACAGAUAUAUAGAUGUGUAUUCAAUAUUAUGUGAUUUGUCGUUUAUUUUGAACGCUUUCAUAUUUUGUACUUUUUGGUUUCCUUUCUUCACAUUUUUGUUGCUAUACUGACUUUCGCUUUCCUUUCAUGGUAAGACAGUAUAUUUUGGUUUUCAUAUCUGUGUGCGUAUGUGUGUGUGAUACAUGUGACUAUGAUGAUAGUACGGUUUCGAUUCAUGUUUAAUUUUCGUCGCUUUUAGUUUUAUAUGUCUGUUCUUGUGAGUUCUGUCUGUCUAUAUGUUUGUAAUUGUUUGCAUAUUUAUUACUGUUAUUUGUCUAUACUCAUGGUUUAGUGCACAGUGAUGAUUUACUGUUACAGAUGAACAUAAAUAUAUUUAUCACCACCCACCAUACAGAAUUAUAUAUCAUCUGUACAUGAGAACGUUGCUUGUAUAUUCAUCUAUCGACUUACUGAUUGGUUCACUCAACGGAUUACGUAAUAUAGAUUACUAUCAUUAGUAAAAUCAGUUUCUACUUCAUUUUGUCCUCUUAAAUCGCUCUUACUUCUAUUGUUCAACCAUUCUAUUCAAGUAACGUUAUUCCAAUUGAGUGUAAUUCUCUUUCAUGCAGAUAGAAUAUCCUCAAAUGUGACAUUCUCUCUUCUGCAUCAUUGUAUCUGUUGUCUUUAUGAUCAUCACUAAAGCUAUCCUUUCCGGGGUAAUUAAUGUCAUUACAUUAAAGUAAACGAUAUAUAUAUAUAUAUAUAUAUAUAUAUAUAUAUAUAUAUAUAUUGCAUGUAGUGUGAAUCUACAUAUAUUUUUUUUUGUUCUCCGGAAAUAUAUUAACCUAACCUCUUUACACACCUGUAUACCUGUGGUAAAAGAUGACAUUCUGAUAACCGGUUAAGUUGUGUUUUUCUCUUCUAACGUUUUGUUUUCUCAAAUACAUUAGAUGAAUACCUCA